UGAUAAUACACAUCCCUGAUUUCCUGAAUAGUUGCGAUGAUUUGUUUUUGUUUUUUAUGAGUUUAUGUCCAUAACGUCUACUAUAUAAUUUAACUGAUAGAUACUGUAUAUCACUUUAGUUCAUAAUCAUUGCAAACAUGACGGCAAACAACGAAAUCUCUCUACGGAAAGUGUUGUUGAAAUAUUAUAAAUACAGGGAUCUGACCGUGCGAGACAUUACAAACGUGACGAACCUCUACAAAGACCUCAAACCUGUAAUGGACAACUACGUGUUCAAUGAUGGCUCCACCAAAGAGCUGCUGAGUCUGACAGGAACUGUUCCAGUAAACUAUAGAGGAAACAUAUACAACAUUCCAGUGUGCCUGUGGCUUCUUGACACAUAUCCCUACAACCCUCCCAUCUGCUUUGUCAAACCCACGAGUACCAUGAUGAUAAAAACAGGGAAACAUGUUGAUGCUAAUGGAAAGGUUUACCUUCCAUACCUGCACGAGUGGAAGCCUCCCCAGUCAGAUUUGUAUGGACUGAUCCAGGUGAUGAUUGUUGUGUUUGGAGAGGAACCACCAGUUUUUUCAAGGCCCAGCACACAGGCAACUUAUCCAGCAUUCCCAGCUGCAGGCCCACCUAACACAUCUUACAUGCCAACACCCCAAGGCUUGCCUUAUAGUCAAGGUCAUUCUACCAAUCCAGGAGUUUUUCAGGGCUACCCUUAUCCUGCAACAGGCUCUGGAUACCCCACUACCUCAGGGUCUUCUAUGUAUAACCCAAUGUCUUCAGUCCCUACAGUGGGACCCUCACGUGAUGGCACCAUCGGGGAGGACACAAUCCGCGCCUCUUUGGUGUCUGCGGUUAGUGACAAGCUGCGACGACGAAUGAAAGAAGAGAUGGACGGAGCACAGGCAGAGCUGGAUGCCCUGAAGAGGACAGAGGAGGACCUGAAGAGAGGCCAUCAGAAGCUGGAGGACAUGGUGACCAAACUAGACGUGGAGAUGGCUGAAGUGGACAUAAACAUCGACCGCCUUAAGCAGAAAGAUGAGGAGUUGACUGCUGCGCUAGAAAGAAUGGAGGAUCAGGCUGAGAAUAAUGACAUUGAUGAUGUGAUCGUACCCACUGCUCCCCUUUAUAAGCAGAUUCUCAACCUCUACGCCGAGGAAAACGCCAUAGAGGACACUAUUUUCUACUUGGGGGAAGCGUUACGCAGAGGUGUCAUUGAUUUAGAUGUCUUCCUCAAGCAUGUGCGCCUUCUCUCCAGAAAACAGUUCCAGCUGCGAGCUUUGAUGCAGAAGGCCCGGAAAAUAGCAGGCCUGAGUGACCUGUACUGACCUGCCAUCGAAAUAAUUUUCCUUCUCAGCUUUACCACGUGAGGUGUAUCACAAGAGCCCUGCAGCUUAUAGAAGUACAGAAUGCCGGGGAUCCUCCUAUUCAAGAUGGUAAACUAACUAUAAGUCUUUAGAAGUACUUUGUAAUGUAACUUUAAUAUAGUCAAGACCAAAAUUUCUGUGAAACCUAGAGAUUUUUGAAGUUUACAUUGACAUAAUUAUUAUUAUUGUUAUUAUUAUUGUUAUUAUUAUUAUUAUUGUUGUUAACAGACUGCCUUGAAUAUCUUAAUUAUGCAAAAAAUAUAUAAAGUGACCUUAAAGGAACACUCCACUUAUUUUGGUCAUAGGCUUAUUUUACAAGUCCUCUAGAGUUGACUUUUUUUUUUUGACCAUUAGCAUAAAUCAUUGACUCAGAUUAGACGAUUAGCAUCACACUUAAAAAAAUGUAAAAAAUUUAACCUUGAAAACAUUUAAAGCUUGAUUUUUCUGUAGUGACAUUGUGCAGUAAUACCAAUGGAAAAGGUAGCUAGUUUCUAGGUUGAUAUGCCUAGGAACUACACUCUCAUUCUUGCGUAAUAAUGAUCGCAAUGAUUUUCUGCAGCACCGGAAAUAGUCGCCAGCUGGGUAAAUGGGUAACAGAGGUGCGUAAUUGUACAGCAGCAAAAUCUCUUGAUUAUUACAUCAGAAUGAGAGUAUAGUUCCACAUAUCAGCCUAGAAAAUAGCAGCUUUUCAUCUGAUGGUGUUAGUACACUAUGUAACUACAGAAGAGUCAAGCUUUCAAAAUAUUGAAAGUCUUUAUUUAUUUUUAUUUUUUUAGCAAAAUGCUAAUGGUCUAAUCCGAUUCAAUGAUUUAUGCUAAGCUAAGCUAAAAGUGCUUCAGCCAUACCCAAAGAUUGGCUGAAUGGAUUAAAAAAUGGUAAAAACCCAAGUAUUUUACUAUAGGAGACUUGUAAAAUAAGCAUAUUCCCCGCCAAAAAAUGUGUGGGGUUCUUUAAAAUGUUCACCGAUGGAAACAAUUAAAAAUCAAAUGGUUGCGAGGGACAUUUUUGCUCGGUUAAAGAGUUUAACAUAGCCUUAUAUAAUCAUUGAUCAUUGCACUUUUUGUCACUUGUGCCUUAUGUUCUUCUAAAGUGUCUUUUCAUAUAAAGGGCAAACGGAAAGAAGUUUAGAAAUGGCAUUAAAAAUGCUCAGCCUGAAUGUUAGUCUUAUUUUUAUACUGUCUAAUCUCCAUAUAUGUGCCUGUAGUGAAACAAGUCUCUGAUUAUAUUAUGAAAUGAGCGCUUUGUUUUAGUAAAUCUUCAUUAACAUCUCAGAAUCUGAAUGCUUUAUUAACACUCUUGCAGUUAUGCUUGUGAUUUAUGAAGGUGUUGUCAAUCAUAGACAUUAUUAUUUACAGUUGUUACAUGGGGAGUUUAAAUGAAUGUACUUGGCAUAUUCUUUCAUGCAGAUUUAAUGACAAGAAUAUUAUGUAGACAUCUUUCGAUUGAACUUGUAUUUCUGUUUAGGAAGUUAUAAAACCACAGAUGAAGGGAACUUUUUUUGCUAAGAUACUUUAAGUCUUGUUUAAUUGAUGUUGUUUGCUUAAUUAUUACUGCUUUGUAAUCCUGUGUUAACGUUUUGCUUACAAUCAAGAAAAGAAGGGAAAUCAUUGUUCAGCAUGUCCUGGUGUUAUGGGGUAUUUAAGAAACUAACAUCUGAAAUAAACUCUAAUAAAUAUAACUGAAAUAAAACUCUUAAAUCUGA